CUACAACUAUUGCAGGAAAUAACUCCAGAAAAAAAUCCCACAAAGACCAGGAAUUCUAUCAAUAGUGGGACUCUAAAUGCAGCAGAGAGGUCAGGAAGAGAAAAGCAUCCUUUAAAAAAUGGACACACACUCUUCGUAAUAAAUUGGAUCAACUACAAAAUACAAGCGGUAGUAAUCAGAAAAUUUUUCUUUAUUUCUAAAAAGAAAUAAAGAACGACAAGGCUUCAGGAACUUUACAGUAAAUCACAAUACCGGAUUAUAUAAUCCUGGUUUAAAAUGUCGAAAUACAAUUCAUAUGAUGGAUCAACGAUACGAGCGCACUCUAGUGUUUAUAUGUCAUACGAUCUUUAUGAUGGAAUACAUAGAAAUCAGAACGAAGUACUGAUACUGCUGAUAUUUCUACUUGUACCCAUACGCGCAUUUAAAGAAACUGUGCGCUGUUACAAGAAACUCUCUAGUUAUGUUUUUCGACAUGGAGAUCGUACUCCUACCGAAAGUUACCCAAACGAUCCGUAUCGGGACUAUAAAUGGCAAGGGGGCUGGGGAGCUUUAACCAAGGAAGGUAUGGUACGAAUGUACAAUAUUGGUCAGUGGAUUCGUAACGAAUACGGCUCAAUAAUUGGCAACAAGUAUGAGAGUGGUUUGUCUUUGACACAAAGUACUUACGCGGAUCGGUGCAUAAUGUCUGCUCAAGUUUUACUAGCUGCUUUAUAUCCACCAAACACAGAGGAAAUAUUUGUGCCAGGAUUAAUGUGGCACCCUGUUCCUGUUCAUUCCACUCCUAGACAUUUGGAUAAGACGAUCGUAGUUAAGGCUCCCUGUCCACGAUUAGAGAAAGCUUUGAAAGAAGCGUACGCAAAUGAAUCUAAACGUCCAGAAUCUCCAUCAGCCGAAUAUUUUCAAGAACUUUCCAAUUAUACUGCAAAAAAUAUCUCGACAAUCACCGAUGUUGAAUUUUUGUACAAUACUUUGGAAAUCGAGGAACGUAAUGGCUUAAAAUUACCCGAAUGGACAAACAAAUACUACAAUCAGCAUAUGCGUGAAAUUGCGGCCCGUAGCUUAGCUAUAUUUACAAGCAAUACAUUACAACAACGACUUCGAGGAGGCCCAUUUCUGAAAGAAAUUUUGGAGCGUUUACACGCUUUUAAUGAUGGUCAAGAUACAAGACGAACGUAUCUUUAUUCUGCUCAUGACAUAACUCUCGUUAAUUUAUUAAGGACCAUGGGAUUUACGAAUGAAUACUUUAAACCUGAUUACGGCUCGACGCUUAUUUUCGAACUGCAUGUUGCAUCCAAUUCUGCGGACACAGAACUGAAGUUAAUGUAUCUAAAUGAUACAGAAAAAAUGACAUUGUAUCAUAUGAAUAUACCAAAGUGUGGCACCCCUUGUCGACUAAAAACCUUAACUAAAUUAUGGAAGGACGUGCUUCCUGAGAACUGGGACGAUGAAUGUCUACUCUUAUGAGUCUCCCCCAUUAAUACAUAAAAUAUCUAUCUAUCUAUCUACAAUUGAUUAUACUCGAUAAUUUUGUCUUGCAAGAAAAAAAUCAAAAUUCUCGGUUCUCAUAUACGUCCGUAAUAGUGAUAACGCAUAUAGCCGUAAAACAAAGUAUACUGUAUCAUACGAAUCAAUUCUAAUUCGAGCGAAGCUGGUUAAGAUUACUAAAUUGGCAUAAAAUCGUUUAACCAGGAUGUGUCCGCGUUGCUUAUGCAACGAGUGACACUGAAUGUUUUGCAUGUCUCGUUACGCAAUACGAGAACGAUUAUUUCAAGCACUCUUUCCGUUGAAUUCAAAUACUCAAAUGGAAGAUAUGCGUGAAUGCGUCAAUUAAAUGGCAUCAAGAUCGUACCGUAUCGACCGAUAUACCUAGUAACCCUAGUAUGUAAGUAAUUACACUUUUAAAUUCAUGCACAUAUGCAUACGUAUCAUUGAACGGUCGAAUUUUCCCUACUUACUGGUCACUAAUCACAAUUAUUUCGCAUAUGUACAUCUACAUACUAUUUUACAAAUAAAUAAAUGGACACGCAA